UCACUAUUCUCUUGCUCUCGCCCCUCGUUCCCAACUCAGUAAUUUCUCUCUUCAUGUAUAAAAAGUUAUAUAUAUACUUUAUAUAUAUAUACCUUAGGUUUCUGUACGCAGUCCUGAUUAAAGUUUACGUUCACCCCAGUUCUGUUUGAAGCUUCUGCUUAUCUGAUUGACGAAACAGUAUUGUCGCCUCGGGUUAGGGUUUUAUAGUCACCGAUCGAUUCAUGUCCAAAAAAUCAAAGCAAUGAUACUUUCACAUAUAGGACGCGCUCUCUCUCGUUCCUCUCGCUCUACACUCCAAAGAAGCGUUAUACCCUGCAAUCACGGUGUGAGGUCUGUGCUUCUGAAUGAAUCGCUCUCGCCGUCGAUUGAUGCAUGCAUUGCACGCUUUGAUGGCGGAUUAGGGUUUGUGAGAGGUUAUUUGACUUCCAUUGGAGUUGGGAGGCAGAUUGUUUCCAAAGCAUCUUCAUCAGAAUUUCAUUCCGUUUUCGCGAACCCUCAUCUGAGGCGGUUUUUCUGCAGUGAGGGGCCUAAGAAGAGAAAUUACGAGAAGUAUUACCCGAAGAAUAAGAAAGAAAUCCCCAAAGAAAAUAAUCAAAAAUCGGGGUCUAAAGGCAGUAAUGGGAACUCUCAGGAGAACUUCAUGAAGCAGUAUCAAAAUUUAGUGACACCUUUGUUGUUUAUUUCACUUGUGCUUUCUUCAACCCUUUUGAAGCCCCGUGAUCAGAAGCAGAUUAGUUUCCAAGAGUUUAAAAACAAGUUGCUUGAACCUGGAUUGGUGGACCGCAUCGUUGUUUCAAAUAAAUCAGUUGCCAAAGUGUAUGUGAAGAGCUCACCACCGGUUACUAAUCAAACCAAUGACGAGAUUGUUCAAGGUCCUGUUAAUGGUAACCAUGAUAAAAGAAAUGUGAGCCAUUAUAAAUACUAUUUUAAUAUUGGAAGUGUUGAUUCGUUUGAGGAGAAGCUGGAGGAGGCACAGGAAGCAUUGAGGAUCGACCCUCAUAAUCAUGUUCCUGUAACAUAUGUAAAUGAAAUGAAUUGGUACCAAGAACUAAUGAGGUUUGGCCCAACAAUCUUGAUUUUGGGAGUCCUCUUUUUUAUGGGGCGGAGGAUGCAGCAGGGUGGGCUAGGCGUUGGUGGUCCUGGUGGAAAGGGUGCUCGUGGAAUAUUCAGUAUAGGAAAAGCGCAGGUUACAAAAAUGGAUAAGAAUGCCAAAAACAAGAUUUUCUUCAAAGACGUGGCAGGCUGUGAUGAGGCAAAGCAAGAAAUUAUGGAGUUCGUGCACUUCCUCAAGAACCCUAAGAAAUAUGAGGAAUUAGGAGCAAAAAUUCCUAAAGGCGCUCUUCUUGUGGGCCCUCCUGGUACAGGGAAGACACUUCUUGCUAAAGCAACUGCAGGUGAAUCUGAUGUGCCUUUUCUAUCCAUGUCCGGGUCAGAUUUUAUGGAAAUGUUUGUUGGAGUUGGACCAGCUAGGGUCAGGAGCUUAUUUCAAGAGGCGAGACAAUGUGCACCUAGCAUAGUUUUUAUUGAUGAGAUAGAUGCAAUUGGUCGAGCAAGAGGGCGUGGGGGAUUUUCAGGAGGGAAUGACGAGCGUGAAAGUACUCUAAAUCAGUUGCUUGUUGAAAUGGAUGGAUUUGGGACCACUGCUGGAGUAGUUGUGCUUGCUGGCACAAAUAGGCCCGAUAUUUUAGACAAAGCCUUACUGAGGCCUGGUCGAUUUGAUCGUCAAAUUACCAUCGAUAAACCUGACAUUAAAGGCCGCGACCAGAUAUUCAGGAUCUAUUUGAAUAAGUUAAAACUUGAUCAAGAACCAUCACAUUACUCUCAAAGACUUGCUGCUUUGACUCCUGGAUUUGCUGGAGCAGAUAUUGCAAAUGUUUGUAAUGAAGCUGCUUUAAUUGCUGCAAGGAAUGAGAGUUCACAGAUUACAAUGGCACAUUUUGAGGCAGCUAUAGACAGGGUCAUUGGAGGUUUGGAGAAGAAGAACAAGGUUAUUAGUAAGCUGGAAAGGCGGACUGUUGCUUACCAUGAAUCAGGUCAUGCUGUUACUGGUUGGUUCUUGGAACAUGCAGAACCAUUGCUUAAAGUGACAAUUGUUCCUCGUGGUACUGCGGCACUUGGGUUUGCUCAGUAUGUACCUAAUGAAAACCUUUUGAUGACAAAAGAACAGCUCUUUGAUAUGACAUGCAUGACCCUUGGUGGUCGAGCAUCUGAGCAGGUUUUGAUAGGAAAGAUCUCAACUGGAGCCCAGAAUGACUUGGAGAAAGUGACCAAGAUUACAUAUGCUCAAGUAGCAGUCUAUGGUUUCAGCGACAAGGUAGGUCUUCUUUCCUUUCCUCAGAGGGACGAUGCAUUUGAGAUGACGAAGCCUUACAGCAGCAAGACUGCUGCAAUUAUUGACAACGAAGUUAGAGAAUGGGUGGCCAAGGCAUAUGAGCGGACAAUACAGCUGAUAGAGGAACACAAAGAGCACGUAGCUCAGAUUGCAGAGUUGUUGCUUGAGAAGGAGGUCCUACAUCAGGAUGACUUGGUUCGAGUACUGGGUGAACGACCAUUCAAGAGCAGUGAGCCUACAAAUUAUGAUCGGUUCAAGCAAGGGUUUGAAGAAGAAGAUAAAGAAACGAAGGAGGCACCCCCCGCGAAGACGACCAAAGAGGAACCUUUGGGACCUGAUGAUGUUGUGCCAGCAUAGUGACUGAAGAGGUCUUAUGGUUGUAUAGAUGAAAUUACAUUGAAGUGACAUCAUCGUUCAUUGUCUGCCCUCUUUAUUUGAGGUUAACUAAAUUGUAAAAAUCAUCACAGCUGCAAUAAUAGCACUAACAAAAUUUUUGCUUCA